AUGAAUAUUUGGCCACAUUUCUUCCUUGCAUCUCCUUACAAGGAGAAUACGGUCAGAGAUUUUAUUCUUAGGGGCCCUGACUCUCAGUGGAUCGACUGUCCAUCUGUGACUAAUAUUCUCUCCAAUUUGACUACCCUUUAUUCCCCUGUAAAUGAUGAAAAACGUUGGAAGUUAACUGCAAAUGGAAAGUUUUCUGUUAAAACUUUUUAUAACUUCUUAAAUGAUGGGGGCAUGCGCUGUCCCGGGUCCCCUAUCAUCCUUAAAGGGGAUUGUCCGAAAAAGAUUAAUCUCUUCAAUUGGUUGGCCUGGGACAACAAGAUCCUGACUUUGGAAAACCUUGCGUUGCGUAGGUGUAAUUUUUUCCAUUCUACGACUUGUGUGAUGUGUCAAGCUAAUGUUGAGACCGCAGACCACCUUCUCAUUCAUUGUCCAAUGGCUUUGCAUAUUUGGAAUUAUUUCGGGCAUCUUUAUGAGGCGCGACGUAGUCCGAUGUCUCUUAAGGACCUUUGGGGGGACUGGAGGAGAAUUUUGCCUAAAUCCCUUAAAUCUUUCUGGGAUCUACUUGUGAGAGCAAUCACGUGGAACAUUUGUCUUGAAAGAAAUGCACGCAUGUUUAAUUAUGCUUGUCUUUCUUCUGAUUCCAUCAUUUUAAAGAUUGUUCGAAUGUUAAUUGUGUGGUUAACUGCAGCCCCUGCAUCGAAGAAAGCGAAGCUAGAAGAACCGACGUUGAAGAUCAAAAGGAGUUUGGAGUUUCUCUCCGCCAGAGAGGUGGUGACUGAUGCACCACAGUCGAGUUCCCCUGCGCUGCCCGAGAUCUAG